AUGGCCCAGCUAUCAAGAAUAUUACCAAAUAUAGGAGGUCCAAGUAGCCCUAAAAGGACGGUCCUUUGUGAGGUAAUCCACUCCGUGGUCCUGUACGCAGCUCCUGUAUGGCACCGUGUGGUCCAUGUCCAGAGAUAUAAACAAAUGCUCUUGAGUAUCCAGAGGAAGGCUUUGCUGCGGAUAUCGAGCGGCUACAGAACAAUGUCCACUAUGGCCGCUCAAGUAAUAGCUGGAAUACCCCCAGUCACUCUGCUCAUAGAGGAAAGGCUCCGCCUGUACAGCAGGGAUGAUGCUAAGCUUCGUACUACCAGGUUGCUGGAAAGAAGCACAACUUUGGAGAAAUGUCAGCGUGUGUGGAGCGACCACUCAGAGACGGCAAUGUGGAGCAAGACUCUGAUCCCGGACGUAAGACAGUGGGUUAGCUGUAAACAUCGAAGGCUAGACUUCUACUUGACCCAGUUUCUAUCGGGCCAUGGAUACUUUGCGGAGAGGAGGACUUCCCGGAGCACACAAUCUUUGUGUGUCAAAGAUGGGCCGCAUGGAGGAGCAAUACAGAGUCAGUUAUCGGUGCGGAGGUCAAUAGCAGAAGCAUCACCAUACUCAUGA